UCAGAACUUUAAAGGCUCUAAACUUAUAUUGUAGUUACCUUGAAUGUGACGUUGCUUGUGAAAGCAUGUGCUAUAUUGAUGAAUGGCCAAAAAGGUUUCUGAAAAUAUUUAUUCAGCAAUACAGUCGUUACCAGGUUGACUUGCUUAUUGACAAUGAAGCAGAGAAGGAUUACCUUUAUGAUGUGCUACGGAUGUACCACCAAUCCAUGAAUCUUCCUGUACUGGUAGGGGACUUAAAGCUUGUGAUUAAUGAACCAAGUAGAUUACCACUGUUUGAUGCCAUCCGUCCCCUUAUCCCAUUAAAACAUCAGGUGGAAUACGAUCAACUGACACCUAAACGAUCAAGAAAACUAAAGGAAGUGAGGCUGGAUCGUAUGCACCCUGAAGGGCUUGGAAUAAGUGUGCGAGGAGGUCUGGAAUUUACUUGUGGCCUCUUUAUCUCCCAACUAAUUAAAGGUGGACAAGCAGACAAUGUUGGGCUUCAGGUUGGAGAUGAGAUAGUUCGGAUAAAUGGAUACUCCAUCGCUUCAUGCACUCAUGAAGAGGUAAUAAAUCUCAUCCGCACAAAGAAAAUAGUGUCCAUAAAAGUAAGACAUGUCGGCAUGAUACCUGUCAAAAGCUCGCCCGAUGAGCCUCUGAAGUGGCAAUUUGUGGAUCAAUUUGUGUCAGAUUCUGGGGAAGGAAAAUACAGUGUUGCUGGACUUGCUUCAUCUGUAGGAAGGGACAAUAAAGAGAAGAAAGUCUUCAUUAGUUUGAUUGGUUCAAAGGGCAUGGGAUGCAGCAUUUCCAGUGGUCCAACGCAAAAACCAGGCAUUUUUAUCAGCAAUAUUAAACCAGGCUCCAUUUCUGCUGAGGUGGGACUGGAGAUUGGUGAUCAGAUUGUUGAAGUAAAUGGAGUGGAUUUUAAUAUUGUGGACCAUAAAGAGGCUGUCAGAGUGCUAAAAAGCAGUCGAACCCUAACAAUCUCUGUUGUAGCAGGAGCUGGGAGAGAGCUGUUCAUGACUGAGGCAGAAAAGCAGCGAGAGGCAAGUCUUCACGAGCAGGAGCGCCAGGAGUUAAUGCACCAGAAGCGGCUUGCAUUAGAGACUAACAAAAUCCUCAAAGAACAGCAAGAGAAAGAGAGACUAAGGAAACUGGAGAUUUCUCAAAAGGCUGCAGAAGAAGAAGAAAGAUACCGUAAAGAAAUUGAACAGAUAACAGCGGAGGAAGAGAAAUUUAAAAAGGAAUGGGAAGAAGAUUGGAGACCAAAAGAGCCACCUAAGUCUGUAAAAACAGUAACUGCGGAAGUACAUCCAGCCCCUGCUCCUAAACACAAAAUAGAUUUAAAGGGAGUUGCCCAUGACCAACUUGAAGCUGAUGACAUGGAUGGAGGGCUCACAAAGCAGAACAAACAGCUUUUGGAUGGUUUUAUCGGUAUGAAGGGAAAUUUCCCACAAUUCGCAAGGUACUGAGUGUGUAGAUAUAAAUGAAAAUUUGCUGUGGGUUUUGCAUGUGAAAUCACUCCUUUCUCUCCUCUGUAUUUUUUAAAAUAAUUUGUAUAGUAAUGUACAUUUAUUUCUAAGCAUGACAAUACAUGACUGACUAUCUUACUUCCCAUGGAUUCAAAUGCUUUCUCCUCUAAUAUGUGCAAUCAGGUUUCUUUGGAGUGCAUCUGGAGGGUUAGAUCUUUGAAGUACUAAGUGCUCUCAAUUUCCACUGAUGGCAGUGGGAAUUGAUAGCUAGCUGUACAUUUCAAGAGGUGUUCAACACAUGGGAAUACCGGACAAAUGGGGUGCUCCCUUUAGCAAAUCUUAUGCUCUUCAUAAGCCUUUGAAAUAGUGCUUAAAAGGGAGAUUUUCAGAGGCAAAAUAUCAAUGGGAAUCGAAGCCUACCUUCCAUUUGUGCCUUUGAAAAUUUACCAGGAAGUGCAGGUUUAUGUGGUGAAUAGGCCUUUGAACAGAAAUGAGUUUGAUGCAUAAUGAAAGAAAACAAUCAAAAUGGACUUUUAAAAUUUGGUAAACAAGAUAGUCUAUUUUAAGUAUAAUCUCUAAAGCACACAGUGGGUGUUUCAAAUAAUAUUCUAUUCUUUCUGGUACAUUCUUCUUUUCUUUUUCAGUAUCUUUUGCUACUAUUAUGAAUGUUAUGUUACAGAUGUCUACCAGGUUGAUGAUCAAAACCAAUUAGGGACUUAAUGGUAGAGUCUGAACUAGAUCCUGCAUUACUUGUAUAUCCAUUCAUUUAGACUUUGGGGAGUGCAAGAAAGUCAGGAUCACAGCCUGGACUUAUCAGCUUUAUCCAUCACAGUCACCAUUUAAAGGGUCAUCAUUUCCCCUGGGGCACAAUUAUUUCUCUAUGAAUAGGACAGGAAAUGUUCACAACAUCUCAGAUACCACUUUGCAUUGUUGGUUAACAUUGAUUUCUCUGUGCUAAGCACCAUGUGAACUCAGGACUGUAUCUCUGCUCUAGCCAACAUUCAUACAGUAGAUUAUAUGUUGGAAAAUGUAAGUGUCUGUGUGAUAGAAGUGCAAAUUGGUUAUUUUGUAUAAUUAGAUGCUUUUCACCUCUACAUGCUUAGAAGUUCUAAAAGCACUUGAAGAUAUUAAAGGGCUAAUACAACUACCAUUAAAAUCUAUGGACACUAUAAACUAAAUGCUUGGAAAAUUUUGUUUUUAAUUUAAACCAUUUUUAUUUAUUUAAAAUAGUUCAGCCCACACAAAAACAACACACCAGUUUUUAAAAAAGAAAUUAACUUCCUAUUAAAAACAUUUUUAGUAUGGAGCAAAUUGCAAAGAGUGAAUUAUGACUCCAUUAAAAAGUGAUAUGUGGAAGGGAUGACUCAGGCCCUGUGGAAUUUGAUGUGAGCUAUAGGUAAAUGCAUUCAGCUAAAAUUAAUGGGAACAUAUUGCUAUUCUACAGCACUAUUAUCCAGAGUGCUCAGUAUGAGUCUUCAUCUACAGUUAUAAAACGUUAGCAUUUAUCACAAGAACUUGCCUAUAUUUAUCUUUCUUCGUAAAGAAUGAAGUAAUGUCCCAAAUGAAUGGGAUGUAAACAGUAACUAGCCCUAAAUAAAACAUAAAAAUGUUUGUAAUGCAAACUAAGCCCCAAGGCUAAAGCAUAGGCAAUAGAAAUUAGGUGUUUGAUGCUAUGAAAUCACAGCAUAGUCAUUCUAUCUCCUAGGGUUAAUUUUGGCAAUAAUAGCCAAAUAAUUGUGAAGCAGAUGUAAUACAACCUCACUGAUUGCAACACUGCAAAGUUCUAAUCACUAGCAUGGCAGGGCAGAUAUUUUUUACCAGCAAGAAAUGUCUGUCUGUCUGUGAGUUGCUACGUUUCACUCCAAUAUUGCUGGGCUGAUAAAUAAUCCUGUUAUGCAGAAAAUGAUUGUACCAUGGUUGUCACUGUGCCCUGGAUUCACCAAGCCAGAAUGAAGAGCCAUUGGUGGAAAAGAGGAACAGCUAAAACUCCUUUUUCAGUGUGCUGUGUGUCCUCUAACAACCAGGGCUGGAGCUCAGCCUCUCACUGCACUGGCAGUCUUUACAAAACCAGUCAGCUCCUCUUCACUGGGUUUUGGGCAUGGGGAAACUGGAGUACGCAGGCUAUCCUCCUUCUCCGACUGCUUGGCUUCAGGGUGACGGUCACUGUAAUUAGGGUCCUUAGUUGCAUAGUUGUAAAGAAAAAACAAAAGCUCCUACAUGUAACUUUUAUGACUGCUUUGUACAGUGUUAGCACAUCUUUAAGUGGUCAUGCGCGUGACUACGUCUAACAGCCCUAGAUGCCUGUUGGCCAUCUCUAAAAUUCAGACACGCCAUCUCCUUAGUAUGCUGCGUUGGUGCAGUUUAGAUGCACUGAUCUAAAAGCCUUUUCUUUGCAAUUGCUAAUUCUGUCUUUCCUAAUGCAUGUUAUGCAGUGUUUUGGAUGUGUUUUGCAAAAAGGGAAAGAUUUACUUCUAUGUGUGAAUACAUGGGCACUUAUGUUAAAACCAUCAUUUUAAGAUGCAAUUAAUGACAAACAGAAGGGUGAGAAAUGAAGUCUUUGUGUUAGACUAUGAAUGUUGUAACUCUUACUUAUAAGUUCAGCAUACCUAUACGGUGAAAUUUCAUAAGAGAGGGGGAAAGUAUUUAACAGUGCCAACAUUGUAUGAUCCUUAAAUGAUGUGUAGGCAUCCUGUUUGCCUUCUGCAUAAGAACAAAUUUCAGACAAAAUGACGAGGGCUGAUGAAUUGUUUUAAAAAUAGCCACCACCUUUAUAUACAUGGAGCCAGCAGCUAAUUUUUCAGGGCAAGUUUUCAUGUGUCUAAAGGCUCAAUCAAGUUCAGAGUUUUGCAGUGUGUUUAGCCAAUGUAAA